GGACUGCCCCGGUGUUUCAUAUGUAACCGUUAGCUCAGCAGCUUCCUGUAGCAUCGCCGCUCCUCCCUGCAGGAAGUUAGCCUGUUAGCCUGUUAGCUCCUCUCGGAUAAACGAUGUCAGUAAACUUGAGUAAAAACGGUGCAGCUUUAACUUCAGCUUUUAAAGAGGUGGUGGAUGAAAAAUCUAAAACUAACUGGUAAGGAGUCUCUUCAGUCAAACCGCGUUUAUCUUCAUGUUUCUGCUGUUAAAGACAGACUGUUUGCUAGCAUGGAGUCAUUCCUUCACUAAGUUAACGUUAACAACAAUAUUUCAUUAAACUUUAACAUUUUAACUAAACGAGAACAAUUAAUGAGCUUUUGACAACCAAAAUAAUCGAUACUGUGGAUAAAUAUCAUCUUUAUUCAGUGGAGAGCUGAUCUGUUCAGAUUUAUUCAAGAUAACAGCGAUAAGAUGGAACAAAAAACGCAGUUUAACAUUAUUUUACUGUUUAUAUUAUAUUUAUUAUUAUACAUUUAUAAUUAAAUUAACAAAGUCUAUAUUUUGAUUUGCUGGUCUGACAAUAAAUGUAUUAAUUUAAUGAGUUUGUAACCUCUGUAAACCUUUACUUCCUGGUCAGACAUCAGAGACUUCCUCAAAGAGUUUCUGUAAAAACAGACAAAGAGAGUUUAGUUAUGACCCAAAUUUACACUAAUUAACAAUCAGAGAGAGAGAGAGAGUGUGUGUGUGUGGAAGGAGGGGUAGACACACACACACACACAUAGAGACAAAGCUGCUGCUGGUCUGAUCUCAGUGUUCAGUCUCUGUUUUAUGUAGAAAUUAAUAAAGUAAAGAUAAUAACUGUGUGUCACUGAGACCAAAGUUCAGUUACAAACACAGUCCUCUCCUCUCCUUCUCUCCUCCUCUCCCCGUCUCCUCCUUUCUCCUCCUAUCCUCCUCAUCUCCUCCCCCUUUCCUCCUCUCCUCUCCUCUCCUCCUCCUUUCCUCCCCUCCUCCUCCUAAUAAAGAUGGAGUAAAGUGAUGAUCUUAAUUUCUGAUGAAGCAGGUUCCUCUUCGUCUUCGUAGUACACAGAUACACAACAAUAGCUGUUUAUUAUAACUUACCUGAGUUCACCUGACAACCAGUCUAAAUAAGUAAUAAUGUAAUAAAGUAAUAAUAACUAGUCUUAAUGUGAUAGUUUAAUAACUUUAUAAUAACUAGUCUAAAUAAGUAAUAAUGUAAUAAAGUAAUAAUAACUAGUCUUAAUGUGAUAGUUUAAUAACUUUAUAAUAACUAGUCUAACUAGGUAAUAAUGUAAUAAAGUAAUAAUAACUAGUCUUAAUGUGAUAGUUUAAUAACUUUAUAAUAACCAGUCUAAAUAAGUAAUAAUGUAAUAAAGUAAUAAUAACUAGUCUUAAUGUGAUAGUUUAAUAACUUUAUAAUAACUAGUCUAAAUAAGUAAUAAUGUAAUAAAGUAAUAAUAACUAGUCUUAAUGUGAUAGUUUAAUAACUUUAUAAUAACUAGUCUAAAUAAGUAAGUUUCAGUUUUUUUGACCCAAAGUUUUCAGUUUUAGUUAAGAAAUCUGAUCCUUUGUUUGACUAUAUGUCUGUGUGUCUCUCUCUCUCUCUCCUUCUUUCUCCUUCUCUCUCUCUUUCUCUCUCUCCCUCUCUCUCUCUCUCUCUCUCCUUCUCUCUCUCUCUGUCUCUUUGUCUCUCUCUCUCUCUCUCUCUCUCUCUCUCUCUCUCUCUCUGUCUCUCUCUGUCUCUCUCUCUCUCUCUCUCUCUCUCUCUCUCUCUCUCUCUCUCUCUCUCUCUCUCUCUCUCUCUCUCUCUCUCCUUCUCUCUUUGUCUCUCUCUCUCUCUCUGUCUCUCUGUCUCUCUGUCUGUCCCCCCGGUCUGUAUUCACUCGUCUCUCGUCUCUCUCACACAGGGCUUUAUUCACCUAUGAGGGGAACAGUAAUGACAUCCGUCUGGCUGAAAAAGGCGGUAAGUUUGUCGUUUUUUCUCUCAUCUCCAUAUUUUCAUAUUUGUGUGUUUUCAGGAAUUUCAUGGUCAGCUGCUGAGCUGAGAUAUCCACACAAAAGGAGUGCCUGCCUUUGCUUUUUCACCCCUUCAUUAGUCGGGGAAAAAAUCUGCAGUUAGAAAACCGACCACAGAGAGCGUUUAAGUUUUCCACCAUGUUUGUGUUUCAGACGGAGGACUGGAGGAGCUGGUGGAGGAGCUGAACAGUGGAAAAGUCAUGUACGCCUUCUGCCGGGUUCAGGAUCCAAACUCUGGUCUGCCAAAAUAUGUCCUCAUCAACUGGGUGUGUGUCCCUCUGAACUGUGUGUGUUUGACGUGUGUUUGUCCUCUUUGUCCCCACAGUGUGUAAAUAACUCUGUGUGUGUGUGUGUGUGCGUGUGUGUGUGUGUGUGUGUGUGUGUUUCAGACUGGAGAAGGAGUGAAUGAUGCCAGGAAAGGAAUCUGUGCAAAUCAUGUCAGCUCCAUGGCCAGCUUUCUGAAGGUAACUCUGUCCUCACCUGU